ACACCGCAGCCCUCACGCCCCGUCAUCCAAUGGCCGCUAGGCUGACAUUCCCCGUGUGCCUGGCAGUGUCGUGCAGUGUUCGAGGUGCGGGAAGAAGGUAGACGGAGGUAAAGGAUGCCGGGGGGCGGGGGUACCGGAGCUGACAGCGGCUGCCUGCCUGGGACGCUAACACAGAUUUUACAGAUGGCAGCCCCCCUGCUGGAUUAGAGUUUUUAAAGCAUGACAUUGCCAAGAGCACAUUGAAGUUUGUCUGCCUUCUCCAGGUAGAGACUACAUUGCCAAAAUGAUUGGGAAAUUAAAGCAGAACUUAUUACUGGCCUGUCUUGUUAUAAGUUCAGUGACUGUAUUCUAUUUAGGACAGCAUGCGAUGGAGUGCCAUCAUCGAAUAGAGGAACGGAGCCAGCCUGUGAAAAGUGAAAGUCCAAAGGCAACUUUAAGAACUGAUCUCAAAGCGAACUCCAGUUUUCCUUAUAACAAGGACAUGCCAUUAAUAUUUAUUGGAGGAGUGCCACGCAGUGGAACGACACUUAUGCGUGCUAUGUUGGAUGCACACCCAGAAAUCCGAUGUGGGGAGGAAACUAGAGUUAUCCCACGGAUUUUGGCUGUAAAGCAGAUGUGGGCACGCUCAAGUAAGGAGAAAAUCCGUCUAGAUGAAGCUGGUGUAACUGAUGAAGUAUUGGAUUCAGCUAUGCAGGCUUUUUUACUGGAAAUAAUUGUGAAACAUGGAGAACCUGCUCCUUACCUGUGUAAUAAGGAUCCAUUUGCAUUAAAGUCAUUAAGCUACUUAGCCAAAAUAUUCCCCAACGCCAAAUUUCUUCUUAUGGUGAGGGAUGGACGGGCAUCCGUGCACUCUAUGAUUUCUAGGAAAGUUACCAUUGCUGGCUUUGAUCUGAACAGUUACAGAGAUUGCUUGACUAAGUGGAAUCGUGCCAUUGAGACUAUGUACAACCAGUGCAUGGAAGUGGGAUAUGAUAGGUGCAUGUUGGUGCAUUAUGAACAGCUGGUUUUGCAUCCUGAGCGAUGGAUGAGAACACUUUUGAAAUUUCUUCUUAUUCCUUGGAAUGAUGCUGUGUUGCACCACGAGGAAAUGAUUGGAAAAGUAGGAGGUGUAUCCUUGUCAAAAGUGGAGAGAUCCACUGACCAGGUCAUCAAGCCAGUGAAUGUUGAAGCGUUGUCAAAAUGGGUUGGGAAGAUGCCAGCAGAUGUUUUACGAGAUAUGCCCGUCAUUGCACCCAUGUUAGCCAAACUUGGUUAUGAUCCAUAUGCUAAUCCACCCAAUUAUGGAAAGCCUGAUCAGAAAGUCCUUGAUAACACAAGACGGGUCUACAAAGGUGAAUUUCAGCUCCCUGAAUUUUUGAAAGAUGGACCUCAGACUGAAGCUGUGGAGUAAUGAGACUCUCCAUCAAUCAAGAUCUAAUCCAUUCUGUCCAUGUAAUGGACAAUCAAUGGAAAAUUCCAAGCUGCAAGUGGUGAAUGGUGUGUACAUCUCUGCUGUAUCCUGACUCGCCUUCAUCUCUGUUUUCUAAAGGACAUGUUCACAUGUAGAAUUAAAAGGCUAAUUUUGUUUAUUUUUUUUUUGGCAGGAGGCACCUAUCCUCUCUGUGGUGUAGUACUGUAUUUAGCAGUCAUGUUUCAUUUUUAAAUAAAGAUAAACUUACAAUGUAUACCAAUACAUUUGUUACAAUGUUAAAAAUACUGUGCAGUAUUUGUUGAACCCAUUUCUCUGUCAACAUAGCCUAAAAAGUAUUGCUUGUUUAGGUAUGUAAUGCUGUUAUAUUCACACUUUCCAUUCUAAAAGCACUGCAAAGGAUUGCAUUGCAGUUUGCAUGAAACAGCAGUGAAUAUGACAUGUAAAGUCAGGUGGUGAUAGUUUUUUUUUAACCAGAGGUUAUGUGAAUACAUCCAAUAAUUAUGCUCUAAUAAAGCGAUAAAAACCCACAUUAUCUAUGGAUAUUCGUGAGCCACCUGCCCACUGCUCACCCAGUAUAUCUUUAUAUAUAUGUGCACAUGUAUGGUGGUUUCUUUGCCAUGAAAAUUAAAUUUUGAGACUGCAAAAAUGUGGCCAGUCGGCACCUGGUUAUCAUAAAUCUAUAAAGAACAUGUGUUGUCACUCGCUUUUUCUUUUCUUUAUCUGACAAAUCGAACAUGAUUUUUUCAUUUUGGAUGUUAUCCAAUAUCUAUUGGUGCAGUUAUUUUAUUUAUAUCCUUUUGUCGCGGUGUUAAGUAGUGCAGUAUAAGCCUGUGCUACCUGAUGUGUUUGAAACCCAUGCUGCAAAACAUGGUACUUUUUGCAUUAAAACAUUCUUAGAAUGUGUAUUAGAUAACAUUUUGUUGCAGUGCAGACUCAUUUCGGAGACCGUUUUGAGACACUAAAACUCUGUUCCAUGUUCAAUUUGUUUAUAGUACAAACCGUAUCCGCGUUUAGACAGCGAAGCCUCGCUCCAUUGGGAGCCAUUUUUUAAUUUUUGCUCUCUGUACUGUAUUGUGUCAAUGUUCCUACAGGAAAAGGCAGAUAACAUUCCUUGCACUGCUGUGUGGUGCUACUAAGCACGGCAGAAUGCAUCCUUAUGCUGUUCCAAACUUAAUUUGGAAUCGUCAGAGAUGUGAUGAAAUAAAGAGAGGAAGAGUGACAUGGGUUGUCCAUCCAAACAUGGUCCGCUCCGUGUUACCACUUCCCAAGAGUGAUCUGAUCUAAUUGAAAUGAAUAUACUGCUCUUUUUAAUUAUUUAAUGAAAACUUCCAAAGAAGUUGGGGUGGGGUUUGGGGCUUAAGAAAAAAACAUGUACAUUUACAAUUUUAUUGACCUUUUUGUAUUUUAUUUUUCAAAAUAAAAGCUUUAAAUGUGA